AUGCUCCAGGACGUCGACGACGCCUACACGCUUUACGAGAACCCGACCAUAAAUCUCCUCCACCUUCUUUACAAUCCUCUUAUUCUCGCUCACACCACUCCCCAUCUCUCUGCCCAUGAUCGCUUGAACCUCGCAUCCACAAGCCGAAGCUUCCGAGACCUUGUUACUCAUACUCCAGGCGUGUUCAGGCAUCUAGACCUCACACAGGUCCGAACUGCUCAGUUUGACGUUGAUGGCAUUGAUCGUGGUGGCGAAGUAUGGCGCAAUGUUCAACUCGAUGAGAAUUUGACUGAAGACGACUUCUACUCCGGUCCGUUGAGAGGCAUCUUCUCCAACAUCCGCCGCCGAAACAUUCUCCAAGAUGUGCAGACGCUGAUCCUUGACGGUCUCUCCGUCACCGCCGAGCUCUGCCACGAGAUCAUCCUAGACCCUGCCUACAGCGUGCGCAUUCUCUCCGUCCGAGGCGCAAAGAACCUCAACGAGCGCAAGCUCUGCGGCUCUCUUCAGUAUGCCUGCCGGCCCUCGCGGCCAGAGGGCAUGCCGCGACUGAAGGGGCUCUACGUCUUUGGCGCGAGAGACAGCCCACUGCUGCCGCUGACGACAUCGGACGCAUCGACCGCUGCUGCGGUGUCCCAUGCUGCGCAGAUCAGCGCAGGGUGGAACGCCAAGUCGCAGCAGGCGUUGAGCUCUUCCCUGCGCAGCGAGGGAGACGAAUGGUACCAGAAAAAGGGCCGCAUCAUCACUCGACCGCUGGUCGAGGAGUGGGCCAAUACACUGGUCGAUUGCCACGGCAUCAUCGCCUUCGAUGCCGUGCCGUGCACCGGCCCUCAUCACAUCAAUUCCCCGGCCUACGGCAAGGUCAAGAUUCCGGCCUCUGCGCGACACUGGGCCGUGGCGACCGUAGCACUGGGCGGCUGCGCCGGUUGCGGUGCUGCUCCUGAGGGCAUGGCUGUUCAUAAGGAUACCCCCGCCGCCCAACGCCCGCUUUUGUCGCCGCCGCCCGUCCUGACGUCCUCGGUGAAGGCCGCGACCACGCCGCAGCCCGCAGCCGAUGCGAACCCGUCCUUUGCCGCGCGAUGCCUCGACUGCCUUCGCGAGCGCUACUGCGCUGGCUGUAACAAGUGGUGGUGUGAAGAGUGCUACCAGACACCCAGCGCUGCGAUCGAGCUGGCCGAGACCGACGUGGUCAUUGUCGACGCCGAGGGCGGCGCCUGGGUCCAGCACCAGGAGCAACAGAGCCAGCCCAAGAUCAAGGUACGAAACGGCACCUGCUUCCCGAAAUGCAUCGCAAGCGAGGUCAUCGAUGCGCAAAGGGUGUUACUAGGCUAG